CGAACUUUCAAGUUUCGCCGCCAGCAUUUCCAGCAUUGCAGGUACGUGGGUUUCUUCUCUCUCUCUCUAUCUCUCUCCCUCUCCCAGAAUUCAGAUGGGCAGGCACCCUUGCUGUUACAAACAAAAGUUGAGGAAAGGUCUGUGGUCUCCAGAGGAAGAUGAGAAGCUUUUGAGACAUAUUACCAGAUAUGGACAUGGGUGUUGGAGCUCUGUCCCUAAACAAGCAGGUUUGCAUAGGUGUGGGAAGAGCUGCCGAUUGAGGUGGAUAAACUACCUAAGGCCUGAUUUGAAGCGAGGCACAUUCUCACAGCAGGAGGAAAACCUUAUAAUUGAACUCCAUGAAGUUCUUGGCAACAGGUGGUCACAGAUUGCAGCACAGUUACCGGGAAGAACUGAUAACGAAAUUAAAAAUCUGUGGAACUCGUGCAUUAAGAAGAAGCUCCGACAGAAAGGCAUUGACCCAAACACCCACAAACCACUCUCUCAGGUCGAGAAUGCAAAAGAAAAAGCACCCACCACCACUGUCGCCGCCGCCGACAGCAACAAUCACAAAUCCUGGGGAAAUUCCAACGAACUGCACCUCCUCAACAUAGAGAAUUUGAAGCCCAGUUUGGCAGCUGAAGCACCGGAGCCGGAGCCGCCUUCAAUGGCUGAGGAUAAGUACCCACUCGAAGGUUGUUUGAGUUUCAAGAUCAACAGUGGUGAUUCGCUAACACCAACGUCCGCCACCACCAACACCAAGGAGUUCUUCCUGGAGAGGUUCGUCGCCUCCCACGACAGCUCCACCACUACCAGCAGCAGCAGCAGCGGUUGCAGGCCCUCAGACCCUGUUAGAUAUUUUCCCCUUCAGCAAUUGAAUAAUUAUGGGUCCAAUGAAGCAGAGAUCUCCGUAAAUCAAAUUCCAACCCAGUCUCCCUGGUUCAACCACCACAACUGCGGCAAGGCUUUCGACAUCAGUCCCGAAUUCAAUUCCUGUACAAUUUCCAGCCUUCUUUCAUCAUCGACAAGCUCACUUCUUCUCCCUACCUCAAUGUCAAUGGGUUUGAUCAGGCCCACCGUCAGUACUUUUCCCUCUGAUAACAUUUCGGCAGGAAGUUUCAGCAUCAACGGAGUCCAGUACUGGGGAGCCGACAGUUGCAACAAUAAUAGUAACAGUAGCAGCAGCAGCAGUAUUGAAUUGCAGAGUAGCAGCAGUGGAACGUUCUUGUUUGAGAACAACAACGUCUUCUCUUGGGGAUUGGUGGAUUGCAGCACAGCAGAUAAGGAAGGGCAAGUAGUCAAUAAUAAUAAUAAUCACAUUUCAACCGAACCUGAUAUCGAUAUCAAAUGGUCCGAAUUUCUGCACUCCCCGUUCCUAAUUGCGUCCACACUGCAAAACCAAACGGCUCAGCUAUUGUACAGUACUGAAAUAAAAUCAGAACCCCACUUACUCAAUACCAAAGACGCGUCCUCGACUGCGACUUCAUGGCAUCAUCGGAACAACCAGCAGCAAAAACAACAACAACACUUACAAGCUGCUUCUGCUUCAGAUUUCCCAAAACUUGCAGCUGCCUUCGGACAACUAUAG